AUGGAGAAGCAAAAUGAAGUUGUUCUGUUUGGCACAUGGGCCAGCGCCUUCUGCAAGAGAGUUGAGUUAGCCCUUAAAAUCAAGGGCAUACCUUAUGAGUACGUAGAAGAAGAUCUAACAAAUAAGAGUGAGUCUCUCCUCCACUACAACCCUGUACACAAGAAGGUACCUCUACUUGUUCACAAUGGCAAACCCAAUUCUGAGUCACUUGUAAUCCUCGAAUACAUAGAUGAGUGCUGGAAUAACACACCAAAACUACUGCCAGAGGAUCCUUACCAAAGGGCUAAAGUUCGCUUUUGGGUCAACUUUGUUGAUCACCAGAUUAUGGCAAGACUCUUACCCAUCAUCAUGUCUAGAGGCGAAGAGAGAGAGAAAGCAAUCAAAGAAUUCAACGAGUUGCUAAAGGUGUUUGAAGAAGGAAUCAAAAAGGAUUUUCCAGAAGAAUUUCCUUUCUUUGAACGCAAGUCCUUGGGAUAUCUUGAUAUUGUUGUGGGCGCACAUUUUUGCAACUACGAAGCUUUUCAUGAGGUUGUUGCUGUGGUUUUUAGCCCUGAAAAGAACCCAGCAAUGAUGGCAUGGUUGGAAGCUCUAAAAAACCAUCCAUUGAUGAAGGAAAUGCUCCCACCUCAUGACAAGUUGGUUGCUGAGAUGAGAGGAAAGUAUUUGGGCCAAUCUCCUUGAGUUUGAU